UUCCAGGAUGUGUUCUUGGCCAUGCACCUGGACCAGGCUGUGGUGCAGAAAUACCUAAAGCCCCUGCUGAUUGGGGAACUGGCCCCUGGGGAACCCAAUCAGGAAAAAAACAAGAAUCCCCAGCUGGUGGAAGAUUUCAGGGCCCUGAGGAAGACAAUUGAGGAUCAGAGAUUGCUGGAGCCCAGUCUCCCCUUUUUCUUCACACAUCUCAUCCAGAUUCUAUUUUUGGAAGCUUUGGUUUGGUUCAUACUAAGAAGCUUUGGCAAUGGUUGGCUCGUUACAGUGUUUAUUUCUUUUCUGCUCACAGUUUCCCAGGCUCAAGCUUCAUUUCUGCAGCAUGACACAGGACAUCUCUCCAUAUUUAAGAAAUCCAAGUGGAAUCAUCUCAUGCAUUACUUCGUGAUGGGGCAUCUGAAGGGCAUGUCAGCAAAGUGGUGGAAUUAUCGUCACUUCCAGCAUCACGCAAAGCCCAAUAUCUAUCCCAAAGACCCAGAUAUUGACAUGGGACCACUUUUUGUGCUUGGGGAGUCACAACCAGUCAAGUAUGGCAAGAAAAAAAUCAAGUAUAUUGAUUAUGAAAAGCAGCACCUAUACUUCUAUGUAGUUGGGCUUCCCCUCCUCAUGCCAGUCUAUUUCAAUAUGCAAUCCAUGCGAGUGACGUUCCUUCGGAAGGAAUGGAGGGAGCUUGCCUGGAUCAGUAGUUUCUAUAUCCGCUAUUUCAUCACCUACAGAUCUUACUAUGGAAUCAUUGGGACUGUCCUUCUCAUAUAUCUGGUCAAGCUGCUGGAAAGCCCCUGGAUUGCUUUAGUCACCCAGAUGAGCCACAUUCCAAUGAGGAUGAGCAAAGAAGAGAACCAGGACUGGUUUAGCACACAGGUUUUGGCCACCUGUAAUGUUAAGCAAUCCUUCUUCAAUGACUGGUUCUCUGGACAUCUCAACUUCCAAAUUGAACACCACCUAUUUCCCACCAUGCCUCGCCAUAAUUAUUAUAAAAUUGCACCAUUAGUGAGGUCGUUAUGUGCCAAGCAUGGAAUUGACUAUGUGAAUAAGCCAAUGUUGAAGGCAUUUGGGGACAUUGUCAGGUCACUGAAGAAGUAUGGUGAUCUCUGGGUGAAUGCUUACUACUCUACCUGAGAUGGAACACAUGCAGUUGGGUCUUGGGCAUGGGUUGUGGGAUGGGGAAGGUAUUUUCGUUGCUUUAUUGUCCUUGAAUGUUGGAGCUCUUUGACCAUGCCAACUUGCCAUCCAGACCACAGACACAGAAACACCAGACCUUGCCUUGCAGGGCUAUCAUUCAAAAUAAGAAAUAGAAGAAAGAAAAGACUGGUUUGUGUCAGAGGGGAGAAGGGGAAAUGGGAUUCUGUUUUCUGCACAUCCAAACUUAGUCUUCUCAACAAGCCCAGUCUGGGCCAUCUCCUUUGAAAGAGAGUGCAUUGGAUAGCAAAGCAUUUCAUAAAAGUGAUUUAUUGAGACAGAAUUGACCAAGGAAGAAUCUUUAGGUAAGUCAUAGAAAUUCACAUUUCUCUAGAGCUUUAGGGUUUGCAGAGGGCUUUCUUUCCCCCACAACAACCUUAUGAAGAAAUUUGUGCAAGUAUUAUCGUACACAUUUUACAAAUGAAGAAACUGAGGCCCAAAAAGAUUAAUCACACAGGUAGCAACACUUGAUCCACUGCACUGUUAGUAGAUAGGUAAACAGGGAGAGUUAUUGCUUGGAGAAGGGAGGAACUAACUGCUUAUGGCAUGUCUGUUUGGGAUGAAAAAUCAUUUCUUUUCAUUCUUUAGUGAAAAAGAGCUGAUGUUUCCAUACAGUUGGCAAAGCACUUAGGCACCUUAUCGGUUAUGAGCUGCAUUUCACAGUUGAGCAGUUCUCUGAGGCCCAGAGAAAAGAAGUUGGUCAUACUCACACAAAUAUAAGAAGCAAGAUGCAAAUCCAGGCCUCUUUGGAUUCCACAUCCAUCCAGAGCUCUCUCCAUUAGGACACACAGCCUCUUGGGCCCACAAGCCCCAGAUGCCAACUGGCCCAAUAGCUUGAGCAAGGUUUUUAAAACGAUAAUUGGAGAUCAGCAUGGUUCCCUCUCUCCUCCUUACAAAAUUCCUUUGUUCAUCAUCCCCAAGGCAUGCACUUCUGUCUCGAGUUCCCUGGGCUACAAUGCCAUUGUUCAUGCUUCAUGGAAUAACCCAUACAAUUGGAGGGGACUGGAAUCAAUGGAGAGACCUGACCCAGCUAAGGCUUAGCUCAGAUGCAGGGUCACAUGAUAAAGGAUCCAUGUGGCCUCAUCACCUCAGCCUCUUAAAAUCCUUCCAUGGGAGUCCUUUUCUAAUUCUUCCUAAUGUUUAGUUUUCUUUCUGUGCUCAAACGGACUUGUAUUUACUAGCCGGUUCAUAGGCUACAUCCUCCCAGGAGAAUAAAAGCUCCUUGAGGGCAAGAACAAUUUUUUCAUUUUUGUCUUUGCAUCCCCAGUGCCUAGCACAGUGCCUUUUACUGUAAAUUCCUAAUAAAUAUUUUGAUGACUCUGAUUGUUGAAAAUGUAUAUGUCAUAUAGAUUUUAUCCUUCCAGGUUCACCUCAAGUCUCAUCUCCCUUAAGAACACUUUCUUGACUCCUUCUGUUCAGUACUGUCUUUCCUCAAAUUCUCUUAUAUUUAUGUCUCUAUUUAUGUUCUAUGUCCUCCACUAGAAUGUAGCUCCUUGAGGCAGGAAUCGUUUCAUUUCUACAUCCCCAGCCUUUAGCACUGUGCUUUGGCAAAUAAGAGAAGGUUAGUAAAAGUUUAUUAAGUUCUUGCCAACUCCUUGAAGAUAAGAUUGAAGGACAUUCUCAGCAACACUGUGAUCUCAAAAGUGUAUUUUUCUCUGCCUAUUUAAGUGGUGUUAGUCAAUGUGGGAUAUAACUAGGAUUAGUCUACUGAUGUGAUCUGAGACCAUAAUGGAAGAUCUCUCCACCUACCUUCAACUCCAGAGCCCACACUCCUAAAAAUAACCUCUCCAGUGAUUAAUCCCAAUGUAUGAAAUUAUAUCAACUUUGCUAAUCAUACAGGUAAUAAUUACACACUUGUAUACACACGCUCUUUCCAAUAAAAUUUAAGCUACUUAAAACUGGA